UUUGCGUUUCUUAGCUCAUUUGGUUUGUUCCACUUCCCCAAACUCAGCACAAAAUUGUGUUUCUUUUGAGAGUUUUUCAGAGAGAAAGAGACAGACAGAGAGAGCGAGCAACUUUGUUAGAUUUCAAUCAUUUCGAGAAUAUCGAAUUUUCAAUUUCGUGUCUUCCAUUUUCGGGUUCAAUUCUGAGGUUUCAUACAAACAAGGGAAGAUAUCACAUUCUUAAAGAUUCACAAUUUCAGAUAAAUAUUAUAUGUAUCUGAAACUUUUUUAAUAAGAAGAAUGCCAGGCAUUCCUGUUGCAGCUCGUGCUACCUCAAGCCAUCCAGAUGCUUGUGAACAUUUAUCUGCAGAAGAGGAGCUUGCAGCUGAAGAGAGUCUUUCAAUUUAUUGCAAGCCUGUAGAACUUUACAACAUUCUCCAGCGACGUGCCAUGAGAAAUCCAUCAUUCCUUCAGAGAUGUUUGCACUACCGGAUAAAGGCAAAGCACAAGAAGAGAAUACAAAUGGCAGUUUCCUUGACGCGGACUAUAACUGAAAGUCAAAAUGUGUUUCCCAUGUCUAUCUGUCUUGCAAGGCGGAUUUCUGAUCAUGGAGCUUCAAGGCAAACUGCCAUUUAUCAAAUUGGUCGGAUUUUCAUCUUCCGAAACUCCCCUGGAAUUGAUUUGAAUACUCAAGUCCAGGCAAAUUUUACACUUCCUGAAGUCAACAAGUUAGCUGAGGAAGCUAGAUCUUGCUCACUUGAUAUCUUGUUUGUCAGCACUGCCACUGUGGAAAACUCAAAUUUAUCAUCUGGAGUCAAUUCAAACUCUAAGCCUUCGGAUCUGAAUCAUCUAGCUUUUUUUGAAUCUGGAGAAUACUGCCUUUGCGGGAAAGUGUCUUUAGAAUCACUUUAUAUGGCUUGGGAUUGUUUUCCGAAUUUUCGUUUGGGACAGCGAGCAGAGAUUAUGUCAACUGUGGAUUUGCUUCCAUGUAUUCUGAAGUCAGAUUUUUUAAAUGAGGAUACAAGAAUCUCCAUUCAAGUUCCCUCUAAUUUUGAGAAUAUGAGUACAUCAAAGCAAGUACAAAUCACAAUUUCUGCUGAAGAGUUUGGGGCCAAAGAAAAAUCUCCCUAUCUUUCAUAUGCAGGCGGUGAAGUACCGUCCUCAUCAUUAUCUCACAUUAUCGGGUUGAGGGAAGGAAAUGUCAUGUUUAAUUACAGGUAUUACAAUAAUAAGUUGCAGAGGACAGAAGUCACCAAAGAUUUCACUUGUCCAUUCUGUUUGGUUAAAUGCGCUUGUUUUAAGGGUCUAAGAUGUCAUUUGUCAUCGUCACAUGAUCUCUUCAACUUUGAAUUUUGGGUAUCAGAUGAAUGUCAUGCUGUAAAUGUGUCUGUAAAAAAUGAUAUCUCGAGAUCGGAGAUUGUUUCUGAUGAUGUUGAUCCAAGAGUGCAAACAUUUUUCUUUUGUGGAAAGCCUCUAAAGCGUAGCACAUCAAAGGAUCAAUCUUCGAAAAAUGCAGUGGGCUUAGAGUCUUCCUUUCCUGCAGGAGAGACUGAUAUGUUGGAGAAGGAUGAUGGGAUUUCUGCCACAAUUAUUCGAUCACAUCCUGACCGAGACUCUGUCCCAUCAAUGUCUGACUGUGAUCAAGCAGUGCUUCAGUUUGCCAAGACAAGGAAGUUGUCAAUUGAGCGUCCUGACCCACGAAACAGUACCCUCUUGAGGAAGCGCCAAUUUUUUCAUUCGCACAAAGCUCAGCCAAUGGCAAUUGAACAAGUUGUAUCAGAUAAAGAUAGCGAAGAUGAAGUUGAUGAUGAUGUUGCCGAUUUUGAAGAUCGAAGGAUGCUUGAAAAUUUUGUUGACGUGAGCAAGGAUGAGAAGAGUUUAAUGCAUAUGUGGAACUCAUUUGUUCGGAAGCAUCGUGUGAUUGCAGAUGGUCACAUUUCAUGGGCAUGUGAGGCUUUCUCAAAAUUGCAUGCACCUGAGUUUGUUCAAUCUCCCUCACUGGCAGGGUGUUGGAGAAUAUUUAUGGUCAAAUUGUACAAUCAUGGUCUUCUAGAUGCUCGGACCAUGAAUGACUGUAAUAUUAUUCUUGAGCAAUACCAAAGGCAGAAUUCAGAUCCCAAAAGAUAAACUAAAUUCAUUUUUACCCUCUUAAUUUAAGAAAUUGAUGGCAAAUAGUGAGGAUUUUUUGUUUUUGUUUUUUCCCCUCACAAGGUACAGAUUGCUGUCAAUGUCUUGCGGGGUUUCAAUUUUUACAUUUUUCCUAUUCUGGGGUACUGUUAUGUUCGUCACCAUAAUUUUUUUCAUGGAUAAGAUUUUCUUCCUUCGGGCUUCAAACUGAGGAAAUUGUUUAGCAACUUUAAUUGCAUUGACAUGAUUAUUCCUAUGUUCUGCUAUCCCUAUUUCCUUGAGCAUCUUUGGAAUCCGAGGCAAAAGUAAUUCCUUCAAAUAAUCAAAAUCUCUGUUUUUGUUUUCAUUUACCUUUUAUUCGUUGGAUCUGUAUUGAAGUUAGUUGUAAUAAUUUCAAUCGGAAAUCAAACAUGCAAUGUUAUCGAUA